AUGUGUGCUUCAGUGUUUUGCGGAUUUUUGGAUCUCCAGCAGAUUCCAAUUGCUGGAAAAUUUUCGCCCUUCUUGACUAAUGUUUCUACAUUAACAAAGCUUGAUAUUUCAGGUAAUUUAUUUUCGGGUUCUAUUCUGAAUGAGAUUCAAAAUUUGUGGAUAUUGGAAGAGUUGAACAUGGCGAACAAUUCAUUCAGUGAUUUGGUUCCUGUUAAUAUAAAGAAAUGUAGUAAUUUACAAGUUCUUGAUCUUGGGGAUAAUUUAUUCACAGGGGAUUUUUUUGGGUUUUUUGGCGAGUUAAAAAGUUCGAAAUUUCUAUCACUUGGUGGAAAUAACUUCUCAAGUUCUGUUCCUUUGAGUUUUGGAUAUUUGACAUUGCUUGAGAGUCUUAGUUUAGGAGGCAAUCACUUAAUUGGAGUGUUUCCUGAUAAACUGGUGCUUUUGAGGAACUUGAGUUCAUUGAAUCUUAGUGGAAACAAGUUUUCUGGACCAAUUCCAAUGAGCAUUGGGAAUUCAAAGCAACUUGCAGUUUUGAAUCUGAGGGAGUUGCCAUCCGAUCUUUCGGGUUUGCCUAAUCUGAAAGUGAUUGCAUUGCAGGAAAACAUGUUUUUGGGUGUAGUUCCUGAAAGUUUGAGUAGCUUGAUGGGACUGAAGUCUCUAGUUGUUCUUUCAUUGUCAAACAAUCACAUUUCUGGCUCAGAUCCUCCAGAGCUGGGGAAUUGUUCAGCUCUAGAAGUUAUAGUCCAUUGCUCAAAUUCUUUGAGUGGGCAAGUUCUUGUUUCCCUUUCUUAUGUUUCACAUUUGAAUGUUCUUGAUUUGGGAUUGAACAAUUUGACUGGUCGAAUCCCCGAUGAACUAUCAAAUUGCUCGUCACUAAAUUCUCUUUUACUCAAGUCAGACAAUUUGACUGGACAGAUUCCAGCCAAUCUUACAUUACUUUCCAGCUUGGUGAAUUUCAAUGUGUCAAACAAUAACUUGGAAGGUGAAAUUCCAAUAAUGCUAAGCUCUAGGUUUAACAAUCAAUCAUUAUUCUUCGGUAAUAAAGAAUUCUGUGGGAAGCCAUUGGAUAGAAAAGGCGAGGAAAGUGGUAUCAGUUAUGGGAACUUUGAUAGCUCAGGCAACUCAGGCACUUCUGGCUUUGGAACUGCAGCGUUCUCUGGUUUUGGUACUGUCGGAAUAUCUGGCUUAGGCACUUCUGGGGGUUUUGGAACUUCUGGCACUGUUGGUUUGGGCAGUUAUGGGAACUUUGGUAGCUCAGGCAACUCAGGCACUUCUGGCUUUGGAACUGCAGCGUUCUCUGGUUUUGGUAUUGUCGGAAUCUCUGGCUUAGGCACUUCUGGUAUCUCUGGUUUUGGCACUUAUGUAAUCUCUGGUUUUGAGACUCAUGUAAUCUCUUGA